CGGUGGUCAGGUGACCCGCAGCAGGCAGGCCAUUCUCGGCUUCCCCUGGCUUUGGCUCCAAUGUCGGAGGUGUUUGUGCCUGGAAGAAAUGGACUCUGGCAAUGCAAGAAUUUAAUCAUUCAGAGGUCCGAACAGUUGACUCCGUGAAUGGCGCCAAAACAGGACCCUAAGCCUAAAUUUCAAGAAGGUGAAAGAGUCCUGUGCUUUCACGGGCCAUUGCUCUAUGAAGCAAAGUGUGUCAAGAUCAACGUAAAGGAUAAGCAGAUUAAAUACUUCAUUCAUUACAGCGGAUGGAACAAAAACUGGGAUGAAUGGGUUCCUGAAAGCAGAGUUCUCAAAUAUGUGGACAGCAACCUUGCCAAACAAAAAGAGCUUCAAAAGGCCAAUCAGGAUCAUUAUGUUGAGGGAAAGAUGAGGGGUUUAGCGCCAAGUAAGAAGAUUGCUGCUGUGCAGCAGAAAAAUGUUGAUCUGAAAGUGAAAAAGGCAAAACAGAAGACCCCAGGGCCGGGUGAAGGUACCAGCAGCGGCGAGAUGCCCCAGGGGCCACGAAAGAAGAGGGCUCGGGUUGAUCCCACAGUGGAGAGUGAGGAGAUGUUCACCAACCGUGUGGAAGUGAAGGUGAAGAUCCCCGAGGAGUUGAAACCCUGGCUGGUGGAUGACUGGGACCUCAUUACCCGACAGAAACAGUUAUUUCAUCUGCCCGCUAAGAAGAAUGUAGAGACCAUCUUGGAGGACUAUGCAAACUACAAGAAAUCAAAAGGAAACUCGGACAAUAAGGAAUACGCUGUGAGUGAAGUGGUGGCAGGGAUCCGGGAGUACUUCAACGUCAUGCUGGGCACUCAGCUGCUUUACAAGUUUGAGAGGCCGCAGUACGCCGAGAUCCUGGCUGAACACGCGGAUGUGCCGAUGUCUCAGGUGUAUGGAGCACCGCACCUGCUGCGUCUGUUUGUUCGUAUUGGAGCCAUGCUUGCCUACACUCCCCUGGAUGAGAAGAGUUUGGCUCUGUUGCUCAGUUACCUCCAAGAUUUCCUCAAGUACCUGGUAAAGAAUUCAUCCACCCUUUUCAGUGCCAGCGACUAUGAGGUCGCACCCCCAGAGUACCACCGCAAAGCUGUGUGAGAGCUCUCAGCAAACCUCUCUCCUAUUGAGACACCUCAUCCCACUCUCCCAGACCACGACUGAAAUAUCCGUGACUACCCUUUGGAUCGCAGUCUUUGGCGAUAUUUUUCACUUGAACUGAUUUGCUUCCCCCGCCAGGGUCUCAGGAGCUCGUCACGGUUAAGAAGAAAAAAAAAUUGUGAAACCUUUUUAACUGAGUCACUUUCUUUUCUUUAUAUUCUUUCCCCUUUUCCUUUUCAUGUCCCUUUUUUUUUUUUUUUUUUUUUGUUGGAAAGGUCAUAUACAAGUGUGGUUCUUCAUCGUCCAUUACCACAGAGCAGCUCUUCUGUGUUUUUGUGCAUUCCAGCUGAUAGAUAUUUGUUGCAUGUGGGUAUUUAUUGGUGUUUCUUCGGUCAAAUGAGGUGCAGUUUAUUGCUGAUCCACAGUCGGCGUUCAGCUGUUAAUGUUUUUGUAUCUGUAUCUUGUGUAUUUGUAUCAGUUUGUAAAAAGAAAAAAAUAUAUAUAUGUUUAUACACAGUGUC